GACAGACCCAGUUUAAACCAUUAAAUGGACUGCUCAUCUUUUCAAGACAAUAUGAAUCGGUAUACCUAGUAUGUAUUGUUAUAAUGUACGCGUUUUUCAACGGUAGCUACAAAAAGUAUUUAUAGAGGACACAUGUAAUCAAGGUAAAUUAUCACAGAUGACCAAACUGAAAUACCAACCAGAAACUUUUGCGUGAGGCUGAAAACCAGUACAUAUCAGUGCUGAAAACAGGUCAGUGAAGGCAAGAGGAAGUGAAGAGUCAUUUUACGUCACAAUGACGUUUUCUGUGUAUACGGAAGUAUUGUCUGAAACCGAAGAGGGAGCAGGAGCUGGUCAAGAAGAGUGAAAUCCGGACCGUGAAAUUAAAAAGAAAGCCCUCCCUGUGCCUCUCUCUCUCUCUCUGCGGGUGAGUGAGGGAUGUGACCAUGGGCCAGGCCUUGUGCGUGUGCUCCCGGAGCGCCAUCACCAUCGAAAACAAGAGAUACUACUUCAUCCAGAAACUGGACGAAGGGGGCUUCAGCUAUGUGGACCUGGUGGAAGGGGCGCAGGACGGGCGGUUCUACGCCCUGAAGAGGAUCCUGUGCCACGACCGGGAGGCGCGGCAGGAGGCGCAGACCGAGGUGGAGAUGCACCGCCUGUUCAGCCACCCCAACGUCCUGCCGCUCGCCGGCCACGCCUUCCUGGAGCGCGGCGGGAAGAGCGAGGCCUGCCUGCUGCUGCCCUACAUCAGCAGAGGCAGCCUCUGGUCUGUGCUGGAGAAGCUGAGGGACAAGAACAGCUUCAUGCCGGAGUCUCGCGUUCUGCACAUCCUCCACGGAAUCUGUGCGGGACUGAAGGCCAUUCAUGACAAGGGCUACGCGCACAGGGACCUGAAGCCCACUAACGUUCUCCUGGAGGAGGACGACCGCGCCCUGCUGAUGGACCUGGGCUCCAUGAACCGCGCGCGCAUCGAGGUGCGCGGCUCGCGCGAGGCCAUGACCGUGCAGGACUGGGCGGCUCAGAGAUGCACGAUCUCCUAUCGAGCGCCAGAGCUUUUCAGCGUGGAGAGCCACUGCAUCAUCGACGAGCGCACAGACAUCUGGUCUCUGGGGUGCGUGCUGUACUGCAUGAUGAUGCUGGAGGGGCCGUUUGACCUGGUGUUCCAGAAGGGCGACAGCGUGGCUCUGGCUGUGCAGAACCCCGUCAGCAUACCCCAGCCCUGCAGGUAUUCCCAAGGCCUCCAGACUCUGCUGGGCUCCACCAUGGUGUCCAACCCCCAGGAGCGGCCCGACGUCAGCUGGGUCCUGGACCAGGUUCGGCACCUGCAGACCCUGGAGCCGGCGGCCAGCGCCAACAUGGUAUGAUGGUUCUGCAGAGGGACCCGCGUCUGGUUCCUCUCCCCGCAUCAGCAGGGCACACCCCCUCCCCCCGCCACUCCCCUCCCACCCCCACACUCUGUAGCAUGGCUGUCCAGAAUCCUCCUGGUCUUACAGAUGCAAAAAAAAACAAGGCAUGUACUUUCACAGAAAUGAAGGGAGGAAAUGGAACUUUACUUUCGUUUAUAAACUUGGUUGGAUGAGUGUGAAUAAUCACCGUUGCUGGACUCUGGAACUCUGGGUAAUUUCACACUUGCUUGCUGCUCAGGAGGUUGACGGAUCGAACAGACCCCCCCCAAAAGGAAACGAAUAUUUGGACUUUGAGUCACGUUGUUGCGCUUGUACCCUCUGCCAUCUGUGCUCUGUCACCAGGGCUCGUCGCGUAGCCAUGGAAACUGCGGCACAGAACGCCGGGCCUGCACUGGCAACGCAGACCGUAAUCCCGCUGGUGUCUCAGGACGGUCCUUCUGUGCGUUUGAUUCUAGGACCACGCGAAGACAUCCGCACCGCACUGUCUGCUGAGGAAAUGGCGGUGAAUUGUGGGCAAACCUCUGUAAAUAUGCAUUUAAUGGCCUCUAACGAGGGAGAGAGUGGAGGUUAAUGCCCGGCACUGAGAAGGCCAGCACGCGCCGUUUGGAAAAAAACGAUAGUAAUGAAGGAGAUGGAUGGACCGGGGGCAAUGGAAGGAAGCAUGUGGUGGUGUGGGCUGGUUGCUAAGGGAACGCAGUGCACUGCCAGCCUCUUCAAGCCGACGCAGCCGCAGGCGGUAGUAGGCUGAGCGGGAGUGAAGCCGAAACUGGGUUGGCGGUUUUGGCGCCUUACGGUUAUGAAGACGCUGCCGCCUCUGAAGUCCUCUCCCCUCUCUUCUUCCCAGCAUGCAUUAGUCACUGCCACUGCUGGAAAUGCCUCUCCUAUCACCAUGAUACUUACUGUAAUGGAGUUUAAUUUUUUUAGAACCUUCCAGAUUGAAACGUUUUUUGGGAUCUGUCGAACGUGGGUGUUUCCCUGUUUUCGUUUUAAGCGUGGCUCUGUGAACGCAUGGCCUCCCAUCAGGCCUCAUGGGUCUGUCAGCACGUUUUUGGACUUUUAAAUAUAUUAAGUGAAUUACAUUCUCUAAUAAAGGCCCUUGGAUAUUAUUUAAUCGCUCUAGUAGGUCUCAGUUUCUGGGGAGAAAAAGAGCCUUGAUUGGGGAAAAAAAAGAGUGAUUUAGCUCCUUGGUGUGCGUCCUGGCCCUCACGCGACCAACAGAGAGAAACUAAGCUUACACUGAUCGUUUCCCCUCCGCCCCUUCCAGGGUUUGGAGUCUCUCAGUUUCGGGUUGCAGUUCGGCCGCGUGUCGCAGGUUAGCCGCAGCCUGGCUUCACUCUGACAGUCUUGGGUUAGCUGGUCGCAGUCAGACCCAUGGCAUUGUGUUGAAUGUGGGUUACCCACGCAUUUGGUACGUUUUACAGAUUUACAAAUUUAAAAAAAUAAAUAAACACAGAUUUUUUUAUCUGAGGAGGAACCUACCUGGUUUAUUUCUCUUGGUUUUUCAGUUUUUAAAUUAGUCUCAUAUCAGGAGUCUCCCCUUGGUCGCAGGGAUAACCUUUUUAGGAAGAGUUUUAAAGCUAUGCCAUUUUCCAGACUGGAGAUUUGAGGUACUAGAGAUUAUUAAAAUAGUUUUAUCUGGGCAUUAUGUCUCUAGAGAGACUCAACUUUAUGGGACGAAACAGGUCUCCGUCUGUCUGAUGUGUAAUAUUCCUACUGUAACGUGUAAUGCUUUGUGAUGCAUUGUCUGUAAUCAGUGCUAACCGUGGAAUGACAUGGCUGCUAGCGUUGUUGCCGGGAGGAGAUUUAGCUGAACGAAAUCAAAAGGUCAGAUGUAAAGGAUCUUCAGUAUAAUGAAAUAUUUCAUGUGUGUAAUUAUUAUUUUUUUAUUUCCAGUUAUGUGCUUUAAUUAAACAUUUAUUUGGCCUUGUGAA